AUGGGUAAUGCUGAUCACAUGACAGAGGUACGAGCGUUGAACCUGGGCAUCCUGCGAGACCCGGGGUCAGAGGUGGAGGACCGUCAGUACCAGCUGGAUCUGCAGUCCAUCAACAUCGGUACCGCCCAAUGGGAGCAGCUCAAACCAGAGAAGGAGGGGUCUAAGGGGGGCGUGUCCACCGAGACAGAGAGGAACUCACAGAACCCUGCCCUGGAAUGGAACAUGGCCAGCAGUAUCAGGAGACACCAGGAGAGGAGAGCCAUCCUAACCCCCAUCCUGACUGACUUCUCUGUUCCUCUUCCUCCUCCUCUUCCUCCCCCAGUAUCAGGAGACACCAGGAGAGGAGAUAUCAGGAGACACCAGGAGAGGAGAGCUAUCCUAACCCCGAUCCUGACUGACUUCUCUGUCAGAGUGACAGCAGCACCUGCCAUCAUAUUCAGCAAGCCCGUAUCCCCUGACAACAGACAAGUGGAGGAAGUGCUGGUGUGUGGUCACUCUCUGGAGGUGAAUGUAACAUCUAGCCUGGAGUUUUACCUCAGCGUGGCCCAGGUCCACCUGCUGCAGUGGCUGCUCCGAGCCAACAUGGUGGCGGGACAGGCCCCAGAGAAGACCAGCCAG